GGAGAGCGCAGUCGCCCUGCUGGCUCAGGAGGACAAGGCGCCGAGAACCAGGCUCAGGGACCCAGUGUGCGCAGCCCAGGCGAGUCCGGGCGCGCCCCAACAGCCCUCCCCACCUGCCAUCUCUCCUCUGACCUGAAGCUCGGGUCCUCCGCUGCCUCCCGCUCCGUCCCGGCCCCGCCCCACCUCGGGUUGCCGGGACCGCGAGCCGGGACGCUGGUGCGGCAGCUGGGGGCAAGUAAGAAGGGCCCGGAGUCUCCAUCCCCAGCUCGUGACAGCGCUAAGCAUCUAGGCCCCACAUCAAUCCGGGGUACGUCAAGGCCAGCGGCGUGAUGGCGGAGAAGGCACUGGAGACCGUGGGCUGUGGACUAGGACCCGGGGCUGUGGCCAUGGCCGUGGCUGUGGCGCUGGAGGACGCGGCGGAGCCCUCCGUGCUGACCACGCACCUGAAGAAGGUGGAGAACCACAUCACGGAAGCCCAGCGCUUCUCCCACCUACCCAAGCGCUCAGCGGUGGACAUUGAGUUCGUGGAGCUAUCCUAUUCAGUGCGGGAGGGGCCCUGCUGGCGCAAACGCGGUUAUAAGACGCUCCUCAAGUGCCUAUCCGGUAAAUUCUGCCGCCGGGAGCUCAUUGGCAUCAUGGGCCCCUCAGGGGCUGGCAAGUCCACAUUCAUGAACAUCUUGGCAGGAUACAGGGAAUCUGGAAUGAAGGGGCAGAUCCUGGUCAAUGGGAGGCCUCGGGAACUGAGGACUUUCCGCAAGAUGUCCUGUUACAUCAUGCAGGAUGACAUGCUGCUGCCACACCUCACAGUGUGGGAGGCCAUGAUGGUCUCUGCUAACCUGAAGCUGAGUGAGAAGCAAGAGGUGAAGAAGGAGCUGGUGACGGAGAUCCUGACGGCACUGGGCCUGAUGUCCUGCUCCCACACGAGGACAGCCCUGCUUUCGGGAGGACAGAGGAAGCGACUGGCCAUCGCCCUGGAGCUGGUCAACAACCCGCCUGUCAUGUUCUUCGAUGAGCCUACCAGUGGUCUGGACAGCGCCUCCUGUUUCCAAGUGGUGUCCCUCAUGAAGUCCCUGGCCCAGGGGGGCCGUACCAUCAUCUGCACCAUCCACCAGCCCAGUGCCAAGCUCUUUGAGAUGUUUGACAAACUCUACAUCCUGAGCCAGGGUCAGUGCAUCUUCAAGGGCGUGGUCACCAACCUGAUCCCCUAUCUGAAGGGGCUUGGCUUGCACUGCCCUACCUACCACAACCCGGCUGACUUCAUCAUUGAGGUGGCCUCUGGCGAGUAUGGAGACCUGAACCCCAUGCUGUUCAGGGCUGUGCAGAAUGGGCUGUGUGCCAUGGCUGAGAAGAAGAGCAGCCCUGAGAAGAACGAGGUUGCCGCCCCCUGCCCCCCUUGCCCUCCGGAAGUGGAUCCCAUUGAAAGCCACACCUUUGCCACCAGUACCCUCACACAGUUCUGCAUCCUCUUCAAAAGGACCUUCUUGUCCAUCCUCAGGGACACGGUCCUAACCCACCUGCGAUUUGUGUCCCACGUGGUGAUUGGUGUGCUCAUUGGUCUCCUCUACCUGCACAUCGGCGACGAUGCCAGCAAGGUCUUCAACAACACCGGCUGCCUCUUCUUCUCCAUGCUGUUCCUCAUGUUCGCUGCCCUUAUGCCAACUGUGCUCACCUUCCCUUUAGAGAUGGCUGUCUUCAUGAGGGAGCAUCUCAACUACUGGUACAGCCUCAAAGCGUAUUACCUGGCCAAGACCAUGGCCGAUGUGCCCUUCCAGGUGGCGUGCCCAGUUGUGUACUGCAGCAUCGUGUACUGGAUGACAGGCCAGCCAGCUGAGACCAGCCGCUUCCUGCUCUUCUCAGCCCUGGCCACCGCCACUGCCUUGGUGGCCCAGUCUUUGGGGCUGCUGAUUGGAGCUGCCUCCAACUCCCUACAGGUGGCCACAUUUGUGGGCCCAGUUACCGCCAUCCCUGUCCUCUUGUUCUCCGGUUUCUUUGUCAGCUUCAAGACCAUCCCCACUUACCUGCAAUGGAGCUCCUACCUCUCCUACGUCAGGUAUGGCUUUGAGGGUGUGAUUCUAACCAUCUACGGCAUGGAGAGAGGACAAUUGACCUGCUUAGAGGAGCGCUGCCCUUUCCGGGAGCCAGACAGUAUCCUCCGAGCGCUGGAUGUGGAGGGUGCCAAGCUCUACAUGGACUUCUUGGUCUUGGGCAUCUUCUUCCUGGCCCUGCGGCUGUUGGCAUACCUUGUGCUCCGGUACCGGGUCAAAUCAGAGAGAUAGAGAUUCACCCUGGCCUGUGCCCCAGCCCCCACAGCAGGAAGCUCCCAGCCCCAGCCCUUUGGGACUGUUUUAACCUUGUCGACUUGGGCACUGGUUGCUGGUACAGCCGCCCUCCCCUCUCUUGGCUCCUUCACAGGCUGACUGUCAGACUGCGCUCCCAGCCGUGGCCCUGGGAGUGGGGGCUCCAGCCCUCUGUGCUGUGCCCAGGAGUCUUCCCAAGUUGAUGUGGUUUGUGGCUUUCUCCCUUCUCUCUCCAACAUCUGCAUGCAAAGACCACUAGGAGGUUAUCACCCUCCUUCCUGCCCUCUGCCAACCUCCUCCGUUAUCUGCCUAGGAGCCCCAGGCUCUCCAGGCCCCCACAUACAACUGACCAAAGUGGCCCCCUCUGGGAGUUCCCACCACACAAGUGUUUGUAAAUUGGGCUAUUACAAGGUUGGGGUUUCCGGGCUGGGCCCUGGUGGGGUCCCCUGAAAGUCCCAUUUGGACAUUGCAAUGGAGUAGGGGAGGACUCUGGAAGUCUCUCCCUCCUCCUCACCUUCUCCCCACCCCCACACCCUGUCUGAUUUGGCCAAUCUGCUGGGACAGAAGCUGGGUUUUCUGUCUGGGUCAUCCCUUCCAAUUCUGGGGAUUGGAGAGGCCUGGGGCUGUGGGAUGCCCCCUCUCCCUCCCCAUCACCUUUUGGUGGGGGUAGGGCCUGGUGGCACCUCUGCAAUAAUGUCGGUGUUUCUUUCCCACCUGCCACUGGAAUUAGAGAAUGCACUUUAUUCUCGGGGGUGAGUGAGGGAAGAACCAAGCCUCCUUUCUCGCUGCUCCUGCCGCAUGGUCCGGUCCUGCAGUGCUCCUUCCCCUCUCUGGGAUUACAGGCACAUACAUGAGAAUAAGCAAUCUCAGCCCUACACACUCUCACUGUCCCCUGUAGCUCAGAGGAAGAGUGAUGGUAGUGGUGGUGGGUGCUGGAGGGGGGCAGUGCUAACCUCCUCCUGGGGGUCCCCGCUUUGACAGUAAGGAUUAAGGUGGUACUGCCCAGGGCAUCUUCCAGAUCUGCAGGUGUCUACUCCCCCCCCCCCCCCGUUUUUGCUCUCUCCCAAACCCGGGGUGGCACAGGGUCCUAGCUCCCUGGAGUUCAGGACCUAACACAAGCACAAGCAUGGGCAUAAGUUGGCCUUGGCCACUGCCACCCCAUGGCCCUUCUUUUGUGUGUUAAGCUGGCAUUCUCAUUCCUCCACCCCUUCCUCAGCCACUUGCUACUCAUUUAAACUCCUGCCCAUGUCUCUCUAUCCCCUUCCCAUCAGCCAAGAUGGCCCCUGGGCACGCCCUGGGCAGCAUACCCUGGGCACCAUGGUGACAAACACACCUGGGGCAUGUCUGGCUUUCCUGGUUGGUACACGUCCAUUCAACCUCUGAUUUCUCCUUCCCCCGGGGCUCUUUUCCACCUUAUUCCUGGGCACAUACCUCUAUACCUUCCCUCUCCGACACAGAGUCUUCCCAUCACACUGAAUGCCAGUUGUAUUUGUGGGAUUUCACUCAUUAUUAAUAAAACCUAUAUUUAUACAGUAUGAAGUGUGUAAA